CAAAUCUAUUUAUUCUGUUUAUUCUGUUUAUUCUGUUUGUCUGUUUGUUUUGUUUAUCUUGUUUAUCUUGUUUAUUUUGUUUAUUCUGUUUGUUUCUAUAGACACGCCCUAACCCUAAGAUGCUCCCCACUAAGCCUAAUACGGUCCCUAACAAACGUCUCAUCGUCUGCUGCGAUGGAACAUGGCAGGAUUCUACCGCAGACGCAAGACAGCCUCCCUCGAACGUCACUCGAUUAACCCGUGCUCUCUCCCGGAAUGCCACCAUCACCGUCGACGGAGAGAAGAUCGUCAUCCCCCAGAUUACAUAUUACCAGAAGGGCGUAGGGACAGGCCUAGGCGAUAGAUUCUGGGGAGGAGCUGCCGGACUCGGUCUGAGCGCCAACGUACGAUCCGGGUACGGUUUCGUGGCAGACAACUACAACCCGGGCGACAAGAUCUAUUUCUUUGGAUUCUCGCGCGGGGCAUAUACCGCACGAGCGAUUGCGGGCUUGGUGCUGGAGCUGGGUCUGCUCACGCCGCGCGGGAUGGACAACUUCAGCAUUGUCUACGACGACUUCUACAACCACAAGAUCGACACGUACACGGCCGAGAAGCGGGCUGCGCUGGGAUUCCGCCCCCCUCUACCGAAAUACACGGUCGAGAUCAUUGGCGUGUGGGACACGGUCGGGUUCCAUGAAUCCUGGCUAGGGAAGGGCAUGGGCGAGAAGCUCGAGUAUCGCACCACGCAGCUAAGCCCGGACGUGCGCUACGCCUUCCACGCCCUGGCGCUCGACGAGGACCGAUCGGCGUACAGCCCCGUGCUGUGGACGGUGCCCUGCUCGCACCCCUGCGAACACGGCAAGAGCCAAGAAGUCCAGCAGGUGUGGUUUUCGGGCGUGCACACCGACGUCGGCGGCGGCGCCGUCGACGCCCGGCUAUCGAACAUCGCCCUCGCGUGGAUGAUCGCCCAGUGUUCCAAGGAUGACCAGCUCGCCUUUGAUGAAUCGUACUUGCUCGACAACCCGCCCAAGAUCCAAGAGGAGGCGUUGAUCCCCUGGGCGACUUCGAGGGGGAGAGAUGCCGCGCCCUUUAAUCUCAUCACCUUUCUCACCGGCCUUCUUCUGGGCAAGUCCCCGCGGACCCCGAUGGAAUAUCAUUCCAAGCACCCGGGGGGUCCGCAUACCACCAAUGAGACCCUGCAUGAGUCGAUCCGCGAUAGGAGGUGUGAGGUUCUUAAAAAGAUGGCACAAAAAGAUGCAGCUGCUGCAGCUUCACUGAAAAAAUCUCUCUGGCCGUGCAAACCGCUCAAGAAGAGGAAGGAUGAGCAUACCUGGUUGCUCACCGGUGAGAAGGAGAUUGCAAUUACUCCGGCAAGCAAUUUGGAGACGUAUCUCAAGGGUAGGAUUCGCACCGUGCAUGUAAACCAGACUGAUUAACCUGUUCAUUUUUUCAUUUUGUGCUAUGAUACUGCAUACAUUUUCAUCACAUCAUCAUCAUCUCCUGUCUUCUGUAGUACAGUAUAAACAGUUAAUCCCAGAGAAAACUCUCAUCAUCG